AUGAUACAGGCGUCGUUGUCUCAGGAGCAGCUGCGCGAUGUGGAGGAGAACCACCUGGUUGCUGAAGAGCAAUACGACCGUUUGCUGGGGUUGGAUGGACAUACAGAGCUGUGGCACAACACCACACUGCCGGUGCUCGUGACAUAUGCCCGGGCUGAAUCGCACGCACUCGCCGUAAGCUUCGUGCGUGCGGCCGCGCGGCUUCCUUACACUGUGCUGCUCUAUAACCUAGGAUUGAAGCCUAAUUCUUUGGCUAUUGUGUCCAACUACUGUAACUCAUCGAAGUGUGCGAUCAUCGACUUUGAUCUGGACGCGUUCCCGUCGCACGUCACCGACGAGAGCAUACACGCCUACCGACCGCUCAUCAUACAGGAUUCAAAACAGAAGUUCCUAAAGCUUUUUGUGUCGCACACCACUAGCAGUGUACCAACUAGUAGUGUGUGUUGUCUACUUGUUUGGGUAGCCCGGGAUCUACCCAAACAAGAAGAACACUACUAG